GUUUUUUUUUCUUCCCAUGACCUCUUUUCUCAGAUCCCAUAAUGAUGAAUGGUUCCAACGUGGCCAACACAACCACAGCUACAACCACCCCUGCUAAAUCCAAAGAGGACCAGGUAGUGAACGGCCAUGAGGAGAAGGAGAAUAACCCCUUUGCAGAGUACAUGUGGAUGGAGAAUGAGGAGGACUUCAACCGGCAGGUGGAGGAAGAGCUUCAGGAGCAGGAAUUCCUUGACCGCUGCUUCCAGGAGAUGCUGGACGAAGAGGACCAGGAGUGGUUCAUUCCGUCCCGCGACCUGCCCCAGGGCAUCGGGCAGUUGCAGCAGCAGCUGAACGGGCUCUCGGUCAACGACAGCACCCACGGCCACGUUUCAGAAGACAUUUUGAGCAAAAGCACCUUAAACCCCGACGCCAAGGAGUUUAUCCCUGGAGUGAAGUACUGAACCUUCAGACACCCUUCACAGAGACAUUUUUUUUGCCCUGGAUUGGGUGGGCUGGGGCGGGUGAUCCACAAGCAGGGGAGGGACAGAGACCCUCUGUGGGCAGAGCACUGGGGCAUCUUCCGCUACUCGACCCAUCUCGCUUUUUGCUGCAUCAGGACAUUCUGAAACAAACUGAGGAGGACUCGGAGCCCUUGUAGGACAGGUGACGGAUUGGGAGGGUGUGCCUUUUUGUUGGCUUUUCUCUUGGUGUCAAAACAGCGACAAACGUCCUCCGCCUCCUCCCGGCUGGGUCUUCCCCCACCACCGCUCUGCUCGUUGGGCAGCCCCCCUUCCCUGAGCGUGCUUUGGAUACUGGGUGGGUGCUGCUGCAGGGCAGGCAAGGCAGUCCGGAUGGCUCUUCUUGGUGGAGGUUUCCCAGCCUGCCCCAGCAGCCACACGCUUCAGCUUCUCCUCCUGGAUUUGGAGCAGCCCCUUCCUCUGCUUCCCCCCCCUUGCCGCCACCCCCCCCCAGGCUGCUUUGUGCUCCCAGCUGGUGAGGCUGUCAUCCCCUGGGCCACCAGCUUCAAACCGAGCUGUACCCACCACUAAACCUCUUGCGGUUGCGGGACCCUUGGCGACACAGAUGGUUUUACGGAGCCUGCUUGAAUUCUCUCCCCUCUGGUUGCAAGUUCAUGGAUGCCUCCUGCUGGUGGCGCAGGACUAGUGUCCCCAGAUAUUCUAGGGUUCUUGGUCUGCGGGGUGGGGGCAAGGUGAUCCUGAACACAGAACCCCACGGAAAUAUUUUUCUGUCCAUCUCCCUUUUCUCCCUUCGCUUCCUACCUCCACCCUCCUUUAACUAAGACAUAAUAACUGGGAAAGGCAGAGUUCACUUCUCCACCUGGCCACUGCCUGAUCCAUACAAAUGAGCUUAACUCGAGAAAUACAGUAUAGGGCAGGGGCCCAUUCCUGGGCUUUCAUCAUCAUCACCAGCUCCUACAAGCUACCGUUGGGGAAUUCUGGGAGACCAGGGACACACAUUCCUGCUGCUCUGGGGAUUGUUUGUGCUUGGCCAACAGGAUGGCUUUUCCUGCACUCCCGAUGCAAAGUAAUUUGGAAGGAGAACCAAAACUUGAGAGAGGUGUCUUGGCCCCAUGAGCAGGCAUGGGCGCCAUUUCCCCACACCUCUGCAGAGAGGCUCCAGCAGCAUUCAGGAGUGCAAAUGAAAUUCCCCUGACCCUGACUGUGUUUCUAAACUUUAGAACUGGAUUCCACUUUUGCUCCUUUCAGGGGAAAGGAAACUUUGACUUAGGCUGUGCAGGCUGUAGUUGGCCAGUUCUCUUAGGAAUUUUUUUGGGGGGGCAAGGGAGCAAAUGGGGGAGUUGCUGUUGUAGCUCAAAUUUUGUUCAGGAAGCAAAAAAACUUUACAUGUGGACCCUUUCCCCCACGUUUUACUCCCUGGCUUUAUCAAUAUGGUGUAAUAUUUGAAAUUGCUAAGGUAACUUGUUACAUCAUGACAGAUCCCCUAAUAGUUGGAGGUGUGCUGUCUUCAGCUGAAAAGACCAAGUGGUAGUUAGAGAAAACUGGCUCCCCAUCAGAGCUGCGGGCGCCUUUCUUUAGCCAAAAGUAUCCUUUUGCCAUCCUCCACCACCUGCCCUCAAGGCUUGUGCCAGAGAGAAGGCAGUGUGAGCGUAGCCUUUGUUAACAGCCAUGGUUCUUCCUUGUAGCCUCUAGGAUUCUUGUUCUUGCACCACCAUUCCCUUCCCCCCCCCCUUGUUCCCUAUCCUUGUCUUCUUAAAAAUGUGGUCCCUGCUCACCGUAAAGCACCUUUUGCCCAGCAAACACUGACUCCCUGCUCUUUUUCUGCAUUAAGAAUGCAACAGAGCCACAGCCUUGGAAGGGAUGCCCGUGCAGGCAAAGCUCUUCCAAGGAAGGGUGGAACGGUACUUGGCCACAAAAGCUACCUGUGCACCGGGACUCUUCUUCCCCAUCCCUGGGCCAGCCAGAACAUCUGGCCUUUAGCUGAUCUGUGGGCAGCAGCCAACCGAGGUCCCAUAUAGAUGCUUGUCCCACAAAACAGGAAGAGGGAAUGAGCAUCCUCUCGCAGGCUGUGCACUGUCUCCCUCCACCCCAGUCAAAGCUCCUGGGCAGGGACCGAGCUCUCCUCUAGCUUCUGGACACUAGCUGCCCGUUUUCCAUUUUUUUGGCAGGGUGGGGAGAGAAAGCUGCCAGAAUACGGAGCUGCUGUUUCCCUUUUUGCCUGGGGUCUCGAAAAAGGGGGCCUCUGCAGUCCAGGCUUGUCUCCCCUCUCCUCAGGACAACCUGCGGCACAUCUCCCAAGCUGGUCCCCCCCCCCGAGGAUUUGGAAUAUAAUUCCCACCAUUUCUGACUGUCCUGCCUGAGGGGGGGGGGGAAUGAGAGCUAUGGUCUAAAGCCAGUAGAGCAUACUCUGUCGGGAUAUAUAGAUGUUAUAAUAUCUGUGGGGCAGGUAGAGGGAGGGUGAGUGGCAAACUGCUUCUGGUACCUUCUGUUUGUCCCUUCCUGCCCUCCUUUUCUUUCCCACGCUGCAGGCCCUGUCUAGGGGAGGGAGGAAGUAUUUACAAUGAUGUGCUGUCCAUUUUUACAACACCUACUUAAAAAUAAAUUGGUUUUGAGCUGGG